AUGGGAAAGCGUUCUCCGCUCCAUCCCGGAGGGCCACGUAUCGACGUGGGGGGGGGGGGGGGGUUCGAGGCCCGCUUCAAUGGAAAUUAUCUCCCUCAAACGUAUCAACAUGAGAAGGAGAAUGAAUUUCUCCGUCUUCAGCAAGGGGGGAUGAGCGUGGCCCAAUAUGAGAACUGUUUUACGGAACUCUCCCGCUAUGCUUCCGAAAUGAUGGCAAACGAAGUAAUCAAGAUGAGGCGGUUCACGGCAGGGCUGAGGAGCGGUAUUCGCUCCAAGAUAUGUUGCGUCAACAUUAGGACAUACGCCGAGCUUGUCGAGAUGUCCAUCAGGGCGGAGCAGGAUGAAGAGCGGGUUGCCCGAAACAGCUCACAGUUAGGGCCACGAAACAGGGUGGAGGGACCGUCCUCUUCUUUCGCAGGAAAAAGGGCCCGUCCUAGCUCACCACCCCAACUAGCCACCGCACCGGCCCCUUCUACGCGACCGGCCCAGACAUGUACUUAUUGCGGGAGAGCGGGACAUUCCAAGCCCUACUGUUUUACGAGGAUGAGAGACCUCGGAUUCACAUCGUUGCAGUGCAACAUUAGGCCUCCAUAG